ACGUUGCCGCGUCCGUUAUCUAGAAGAAAUGGAACUCGGGCUUGAAUCGAAACCUCGGCUAAGUCGCGAUCAGUUGGCGAUAGUCUUCCAGUCUGUGCAGAAGGCGAUCGGUGUGCAGAGAGUGUCGUGGAUUCAUCACUUCGCUGAUACAUAAAAAAUGACAGAUUAACAAAAAAGGCGUUCCUCGGAUCUGAUUUGUUCCCUUCUGCUCAACUGUUACGGUUUGUUCACAUUCGCUUUACAGCGAGCAUGGUGUGUCUAUUUUAUAACAUCCUUGCCAUUGUGGCAGCGAUGUACAGCCUUUUUGAUGUCAACUACUUUGUUCGCCUCUUAUUCACAACUCUCUGGAGAAGGAUCAUACCGAGAAAGAAGAAAAGGUUCUCUGAAGAUAUUCGUACUUACGGAUUUUGCACUACCAACGACGUGGAUUUCUUCAUGACGCACAUGAACAAUGCACGAUUUCUGAGGGAGCUGGAUUUUUCUCGGAUCGACUUUUACCACCGAACAGGGCUAUACGAAGGUGUCGUCUCAAGGAAAGCUACCGUUCUUCAAGGCGCAACGACCGUCAGAUACCGAAAGCCAUUGCCGAUUUUCGCAUUCUACCAAGUUACGACAAGGUUGGUGUAUUGCGACGAUAAAGCAAUCUAUCUGGAGCACAAAUUUAUCACCCUUUCGGACAACUUCGUACGGGCAAUAGCAAUCAGCAAGCAAAAUAUAACAGGUCUGGAAGUAACAGUUUCGGAACUUAUAAGCAUCGUUGAUCCGGAAUCGCUCCAGCUGGAAGCACCGGAAGAUUUGAAACAUUGGCUGGAAUACAUCAACGCUUCUUCGGAGAAACUGAAAAAAUCCGAUUAGCGAUAUUAUUAUUGCAUUUUUAAAGUAAAUUUUUAGACCAAGUUUUGUACGAAGUGAUGAUUGCCAUGUUGAGUAAGCCAUUCUGCGCUCUGUUAUGGACAUGAGUAAUUUGCAUUAACGGACAAUAUUCGCAGUAUUCACACUUGCAUGGAGUCAUUUACAAUCCUUAGUUUAUGGGGUAGUCCAAACGAAUGUGAACAAGUUUUGACCCCCACUCGUACCGAAUUGCUUACCGAUUUAUUUCCUACUUCUACUCCACCAACUAUACAUGUUCUAAUUUUUUCAGAUUUUGUAAACUCGUCAUUUAGAUUUUGGUAUUUUAGAUCUCAUCUUCCACAACUCGAAAACUAUGCAUUUGGGAAAAUGUUGUAUGGGGAAAACAUUGUGUUUUCUUUUUAAUUGGUCAAAACUAAUUUUGGCAGAAUUUUUCAGAAAUCGUAAGUCAUCGUUUUCAACGAAAAAUGCACAAAAAUCGAUUUUUCUCACAAACUGCAUUGUCAAAAAAUAUUCAACUUCUUGUGGAUCUUCUUUGUCUGAACAGGAAACUUUUUUACUACUGAUGCAAAAUGGACCCGACCGUCAUUUGGGAGUUACGCUUCUUUUUGAACAUCAACGUGAAUGUUAUCGGAUUGUAACAUUUGGCUGCAACUUUUCUUCAAUCUAUUUUCCAUCCGAUAAAAUGGACAUUGAUGUGCAAAAAGAAACGUAUUGUACAAGUUUUCUGUUUAGUCAAAGAAAAUUCGUACAAGGUUUGAAAUUUUUUUAGAACGUAUUUUUUUAGAAAAAUCAGUUUUUGUACGUUUUUCGUUGAAAACGACGACUUACGAUUUCUGAAAAAUUCUGCCAAAGUUAUUUUUGACCAUUUAAGAAGAAAUCACAAUGUUUUCCCCUUACAACUUUUUCCCAAAUGCAUAGUUUUCGAGUUGUGGAAAAUAAUAUCUAAAAUACCUGCUUGGCAGGUAUAUUCCUAAACUGCAGGUGGAAGAAAUUUAAAAAAAAAAGUAAAAAAUGUAAAUUUGGUGAAUUAGAAGCUGAAAUGGGGAGUUGGGGUCAAGACUUGUUAACGUUCAUUUGGACUAUUCCAUAUGUAUUAUGAUUUCACUCCACUUCAAAUGAGAGAAUUUUCAAUGUACAAAAAACAGACAUGUGUGACAGUCGUAAAUAGAGUGAGUCAACCAACCAAUGUAAAAUGACCAAUGAAGCUUUCGCUCUAAAAUAUACGCAUAUAGUUGAUCGUAGCAACUACGUAACUAUGUAAUUAUAGCUUAAAAAUAAGAGACUUGGUAGAGUUAAUGUACUAAUAAAUUACCCGCCUAUUGAAGGCGUUUCCAUA